GUGAAUUUAAAUUUCCAUUUCUCCCUUGUCCACCAAACAAACCAGGAACACCCAUCCUCGACCAGCUGUUUUUCUCCUGCGUUGCCUCGGCCACGCACAGCUUCAAACAAGCAGAUCCUUGGAGUUCCUCCCCCCCCGAGUCUCUCCCGUUUGCGACAGUGGCUGCAAAUCGACAUGGCAAACCGAGUUGUUGGUCUUUGAGCUGCAGGCGAUAAGAUUGAUUUCCCAUCGACGCGCGCGCCUUUCUCGGAGAGCGGAAAGCGGAGGGCGGAGAGCACAAUCCUGGCAUCAAGAAUCUGCACGCAGCCUUCUCACGGGAUCUUCUCUGAACUUCUCGACGGUAACACGGCAAAGAUCUCUUUCCAUCUUCUGGUCCGGUGACGGAAACAGUCGACGGUUGCGACGAAAGUCCACAUUCCUGUCUGUUCCACCGCUCAGGCAACCCACCGCUUCGAACUGAGACAAUCCCCCCGCCGCGCUCAACGAUUUUCACCAGCCAGGGCCCGAGAAUUCACCCAGCCUCGAGCCCGAGGGUCAUGAGAUAGAUGCUCGAAUCCAGGUGCAAUCGUUCGAAGCAAUAAAAGUCAAGCACUACGGUACCAUCUGUACGAGCAUUCUCUCGUAAAACACCCGGUGAUCCCGCCACAAGACGCCGAGCUAUCCAUCGUACCGAGACCGAAUCUUCUACCCUGCACACCAGCCAUGGCUUUAUCACCAGAGGAGGUCGCGCACCUUCACCGACAAGCGAAGCGCCGAGCCGAGCGAGCCGCCGCCGAGAUGUCGUUCCGCGACGUCAGUUCGGAAGAAUACCUCAAGAAGCUUCGGGCCAAGAGACGCCCAGGGAGGCGCUUCGAGGUGCACGACAUACCCGCCGCGGUCGAGAUCGGCGAAGAACCGCUGCCACCAUCGCAACCCCAGUUCAGGCGUCCCAUGGGCCCUGACCGGCAACGGACGCACACUCGCACGCAAUCUGCCGGUGCCGCGACGACACCUGGCCCACAGCAACGUACGGCGUCGACACCCGUCGGUCGCAAGGCCACGCUUGGGGUUCCCAUAGCCAGGAACACAUCGGCGAUGCCUCAUGUGCCGUCUCAGAGGUACUCGAGUCAGCAUUCAUCAAGCCAACCGGAUCUUCUCAUGCGAGCCAUGCAGCGGCAAUCGGCCUCGACGCCAGGUCCGACCGUGAGCUCCAAGACACCAAGGGCGUCAUCCAAACCGCAGCCUCCGCGGCCUCGAUCAAGCCUGAGCGUUUUCUAUUCUCGAAAGUCGGUCCGCCGAGUGGCAUCUGUUGCCUCGCUGCCCUCAAAGGCGGUCGAUCAAGACAAGAGCUCCACGCAUCGUCAGGCCGGCCACAUCCGCAGCAAAUCCGUCCAUGUCACGGCUGUCCCGUCGGAGACCUCAACGCGGCCCGGCACCCUUUCGAAACGAGGUUCUCUCCGUAUGCUAAAAGACAAGAUUAGGAGGGUUGCCAGCUCUUUCGAACUGCGAUCCGGGAGGAGCGAGGACACGAGACUCGACAGCGACGACGGCCUGAAAAGCCGCUCCAGUAGAAGCCUUCUCUUACGACCGUCACGCAAGCUCGGCUCCCAACCACGCCUGGGCACUGUUGGCGAGGAAUGAAUGAGAAUCAGCCCGUAACGGCAUCCCUCACUCAUACGCGUGGCUUGCAUCCCACGGAGAUUCACCCGGAAAGCCCUCUUUUCUGUGCACAGCGUCGGAGGAGGAGGCACAUUGUAUGACUGACGGAUGAUGAGACACGACCACCAUUUUUUGGAUGACAGGAUCUCGUGAUGUUCUCUGUAUUUGACGUUUCAUUAUCUAGGCGAAGAUACCCUGUUUUCUACUUUCCCAUCCUGGCAUUCUUGCAAUUUAAAUCCUCU